AAGAAGAAAACCACAGAAGAUUUCCAGUCUCUUCCCUACGUGGUGGCGCUCUUUAGCUCGAUGCUUUGGCUCUACUACGCUACUCAGAAGAAAGAUGUCUUCCUUCUCGUCACCAUCAACUCCUUUGGUUGCUUCAUCGAAACCAUCUACAUCGCCAUAUUCGUUGCCUUCGCUACCAAGAAAGCGCGAAUGCUAACGGUGAAGCUCUUGUUACUAAUGAACUUUGGAGGGUUCUGUUUGAUUCUCCUCCUCUGCCAAUUCCUAGCAAAAGGUUCCACACGUGCGAAGAUCAUCGGAGGAAUAUGUGUCGGAUUCUCUGUCUGCGUUUUCGCUGCGCCGCUUAGCAUUAUCAGAACGGUGAUAAAGACAAAAAGUGUGGAGUACAUGCCGUUUAGCUUAUCCUUGACACUUACUAUCAGUGCCGUGGUCUGGCUUCUUUAUGGUCUUGCUCUUAAGGAUAUCUACAUUGCUUUCCCGAACGUGAUUGGGUUUGUUCUUGGUGCACUUCAAAUGAUACUUUACGUGGUUUUCAAAUACUGCAAAAAGCGGUCGGAUUCGUUGGAGAAAGAACUCGAAGCAGCUAACUUGCCAGAGGUGAGUAUUGAUAUGCUGAAUGUAGGCGCACUGGCAUCUCCUGAACCAGCUGAGGUCACAGUCGUUCCAACGGCUAGCAAGUGUACAUGUAGUGCUCUGAAGGCUGAAACUGAAAAUGGACAUGGAGUUAAAAACGGCACGCACUGCACUGCAGCCUAAUAAAAACGGAAAAAUAUGUUUGACUAUAUUUUGCAUUGUUUACUUUGUAUUCUAUCUUGAUAUCAUCAUCGCCAUCUGCGCGUGCCAAGUCGAGGAUUAAUUAUCUCGGGAAUUACAUUAUCCUAGAUGAUAUUUUUCUUCUUCCUUUAAUUAUUACCGUAAUCAUGUUAUAUGUUGGAUAUGAAUAUUGCAAGAAUAUUUUAUAUUUUAU